AUGGGUGAUAAGUUUCUCAACGAGGGGCUGAAAUACUUCUUUCUGCUACUCUGGUUAGGAGCAAACGUAGCCUACUGGGUAGUGACGUUCCUGGUCUACGAGCAAGGACCUCAAUAUUUCUACGUUAGACAUAUUACUGGGGUUGGUCUUUCCAUAGCGAAAGCAUCGGGAGCAGCGUUAAAUCUGAAUAGUUUGAUAAUCUUACUACCGAUCUGUAGAAACCUCAUCUCUUUCUUCAGGGGCUCGUGUGCCACAAACACACUUUGUAGAAGGAGUGUUCGACGUCAGCUGGACAAGAACCUGACCUUCCACAAGACUGUCGCCUACAUGAUCGUCAUCUGGACCAUCGUCCACGUCGCCGCUCACGCAUUCAACUUCAGAAACCUCUACAACCACUAUCGAUGCGUGACGACGAACAACGAUGAACUGUGCGAAGGCAUCACUGCGCUCGCUCGCAAGUUCACGGCUCGACCGGAAGACAACUGGUUGAAUCCUAUCCGAGGGGCCAAGAAUCUUCCAGCAGGUCUUGGUCUAAUUGAACAGGGCCUGAUCCCGAUCGCUGGUUGGACCGGAGCCGUUCUCACCAUCGCUCUUAUCCUCAUGUUCUCAUCCGCAACAGAAUUCAUCAGGCGUUCGUAUUUCGAGACUUUCUGGAUCACUCAUCACCUCUUCAUCGUCUAUUUCGCUAUGAUACUUGCUCAUGGUGUUGGUGGAAUCAUCCGGUCACAGACCAAUCUUGAUCGCCAUGAUGUAGUGUUCUGUUCUGAAAACCUUGCUCAAUGGAGUCCAACAUCAGGCAGAUGUGAAGAUCCCGUAUUUAAAGACGGAUCCGCUGCGAGUUACAAGUGGGUGACCGCUCCCCUCAUCAUCUACUUUAUUGAGAGGAGUAUCCGCUUCUGGAGGAGCUGUCAGACAGUCACUCUCACAAAGGUUGUGAAGCAUCCAUCGAAGGUAAUUGAGCUUCAGAUGAAGAAGAAAGGUUUCAAGAUGGAAGCCGGUCAGUACAUCUUUCUUAAGUGUCCAUCCAUCUCACACGUACAAUGGCAUCCAUUUACUCUUACAUCGGCUCCUGAAGAGGAUCAUUUUAGUGUUCAUAUCCGUAUAGUUGGUGAUUGGACUUCUGAUCUAUUCAAAGCUAUGGGAGCAGACAAACCAGAGCAACAAUCACAGGACGAUCUCGCGAGGGUUGCCGUUGAUGGUCCAUUUGGAACAGCUAGUAUUGAUAUAUUCAAGUACCAGGCUGCUAUUUGUGUUGGAGCUGGUAUAGGAGUAACACCAUUCGCAUCCAUUCUUAAGUCAAUCUGGCUAAAGAGUGUCAACAACAGCGCCUCGCUGAAGCUGAAAAAGGUGUAUUUCUUCUGGAUCUGCCCCGAUACGAAUGCCUUCGAGUGGUUCUCAACACUCCUUGACUCCAUUGAUACCCACUUUACGGAGCAGGGUAAACCCGACUUCCUCAAAUACUACAUCUAUCUUUCAAGGGGCUGGAACAAUACUCAGGCAAAGAACAUUUACCUCCAAGAGGAACAGGAGAUUGACGCCAUCACCGGCCUGAGACAGAAAACCCACUACGGUCGUCCUAAAUGGGACUCGAACUUUAAGAUGAUCGCAGAGGAGAAUCCGGGGACGAGUAUUGGGGUAUUCUUCUGUGGUCCCAAAGCCUUAUCGUCAGUACUACACGAGAAUGCCAACAAAUUCACUAGUUUGACACCGGACGGAGCCAAGUUUUUCUACAACAAGGAAAACUUCUAAGCAUCAAAGAUCAGUCGGGAUUACGAAAAUCAAACUUUCAAUCAUCGCCAACCUGUAAUUGUUUAAAAUAAGCGUUCAAAAUGCUAUCAACGGAUUAUUGCAGUGAUGAUGUCAACCAACCAAUGCUACGAAACACUUUUUUCCACUGCUCGUGAACAAAUCAUCCUAUUUCUCAAAGCGCGACUAUCGCUAUCACAACGCCAGCACAUUGUCAACUGUCAAUGUAACAAUAUUAGCACAGUUUUAGGAUAUCUACCACUAAGUUAAAGCUUUAAAUAUUUGUUUAACCACUUUGGAAUAUUGAGAGUUUAAGAGUAAAGUGUUUUACUUCUGCCGAGUUCUCAAUAGAAGCAAAGAUGAAUAUUAUUGUUCUAAUUGGAAAUUAUUGUUGGAUAUAAAUCUAUAAUAUAUAAAUUUUGUCAGCUUGAGAUAAUAUAAAUAGUCAUAAAAUGUAUAUUAAUAUUUUAAGUAUAGCUGAGCAUUUUUGGAACAUACACAGUUUUCGUUUUGACAUGAUUCCUUCAUUAAACUCAAUGGGAAGAAUACACUAAAGAAGACCAAACUCAGAGUGUGAAAAGUAUUACGUCAAAAUGAUAUAAAAAGUGCAAGAAAACUAAGAACACCGUCCUAAUUUCCUUAAAAAGUACAAGCCAAAAAAGCCAUAAAACAGAACAAAAACAAAACCCAAAGUACUCCAAUAUGUUUGUACUUCGCCCUACAUUUCAGGGAAGUGCCAUUGAGAUAUGAUUUUCUUGAGGUACACUUAUCAGUGCUUAUGUUAACAAUUUCGUUGCCAACAGUAGCGUACGCAGGGGGUUAGUUACAGGGGUUCAACCCCCCUUAAAUUGUUUGAUACCCCAAACCCCCCGUAAGACUUCUACCCCCUAAAACAAAAAUUGUCAAUAUUUUUUUAGCUACAAAACGACGUAAAAUUGGUGGUAAAGACCUUUUUUUUUGGGGGGGGGGAGGGCUUGUCAAUUUUUUUUGGGGGGGGGGGGUAGGAAACGACUUAAAAUUUUGGGUUGUCAACAUUUCAUUCAGAUUGAAAACCCCCUCCUUUCAAAAUUUCUGCGUAUGCUACUGGUUGUCAACGUUAAGUGGAUCAAAUAAUGGUUAAUAUUUAUUAUAAAUCAUCAUGAUCUGUCAUUAUUUCAGUGCAUGUUAGAGGUACAAAUGGAAUUCAAAGUACUGCCUUGUUGGCUAUCGUGUGUUUACCAUGUGUAAAGAGUAUUUUCUAUACCAAAGUGUAACUUUGAAACUUACGUGAACCAAAGAUCACAUUCUAAAUAAAGUUAUGCAAUUUUCAACUUCCAAGAAGUUUCCAAAUCUAUCAGCAAUAGCACCACAUAAAUUGUAUCAUGUUUACGAUUAGGCGUUGUCACGGUUACAGUGUAGGAAUUGCAGAUAAAGAUUUACAAACCAUAUUUUCAGCACAUUAAUGCACAUACUCGUGUACUUCUCCAAAAAAGAAAGAAAGAAAAAACACCCAACGUAAUUGGUGGUUUGCAUUCUUUGUCUUUCCAAACACAGUAUAAUACAUGAUCAUGAUUACACUGUCACAGCCAUAGGCAUGAUAGGCGGUAUAUGAACAUUGUAAAUGACUGUUUUAUAUCAUUGCCGUUAUAUGUAGUUGGAAGUCGAAGGGUGGUCUCUCUUUAAAGGUAUUGUUUAACUUUGUGAGCAGCCGAUUAAAAAAAUUAUCAAACCAAGAUGAAACAUGUGUACAAGUGCAUGUAUUAGAACUAAUAAACCCUGAAAACAACCAUUAUUGAGAAUGAAAAGCUAAAACUACAAGGCAAACCCCGAUUUUGUAAAUAGGUGUCUUAUAGACGCCUAAAUAGUACACAUAAUUGUAUUGGAUAAAAUUAAGAUGGUGUUUUCGUUCACUUUAUAUUUCAAUUUUUGAAGCACUAAAUAAUUAUUUUCGAACGUAAUUUUUUCGGGGCUUCAUUUUUGUAACAUAUCACAGACACAGGUGACAAGUGUGACCUUCUAGCUCAGAUUUUUUUAAAGUCAAACCAAUGUUAACCAAUCACUUUAAAACAUGAAAGAAUCGUUAGGUGCUUAAAAAUAUUGGUGUCAUUGACACUUCUCACCGUGUUUGUUUAAAAAUUCACACAAGCAUAUAUAUUGUAUUAUUUGUAGUAACUUAGUAAUUCAUAUUUGAUUUACUUGUUAAUUGAGAGAUAUAUACGAUAUUAUUUUAUACAGUUUAUCUUGUCUUGUUCUGGGUAAUGUUGAAUUCAUGAUAAUAGAAAGAUCAGAAGAGGUGAAGUUAUUGUAAUAUUCAGGUAUGAAAAUAUGGGAAAUAUGCUAUCGUUAUUUCAAUGAGAAAAAUUACACGAUAAUGUUUAAAAGAGAAACAUUACAUUGAGUGGAUGACGAAAGAGUAAGUGUUUUGUGUGUGCUAUAAGACUUUGCUUAGAACCACGAAAAAUUACAAGCACCUAAAAAUCAUUGAUUUUAGGGAAAUCCCCUGUUGACCACUGAACAUCAAAUAUAUAAGAUGCAUUCUCUGAAACGAAAUUAACCUCCCUGAGCCUGCGCAUUAUUCCGAAAAUUAUAUUUGAUUUUUCACAUGGUGUCCAUAUAUGUCAUGUGUUUUAAGAUGUUAUGAAAGAAAGUGGUUAAUAAAUAGCACAUAAUUAUGUUUAUUACAACACACAA